AUGCCUCUCUUCCCCUCCCUCUGCAGAUUUCUCUUGUUCCUAUACAUCCUACAAGAUUGUGCUGCCACAGACACCAUUGCAUCUGGUCAAGCACUUGUCGACAGUGACAAGCUCGUCUCCAGCAAUGGCAAGUAUGCACUUGGCUUCUUCCAGACAGGCAGUAAGUCCUCCAACAACACACUGAACUGGUGUAGGAACAAGAGGAAAAGGUACAACUUCACACUGGAAACUGCUCAAGGUGGUAGUGGAAUUGUUCCUUUUAGAUAUACUGAUUUGCAGCAUGCUACAAGAAACUUCACAGAAAAGCUAGGUGAAGGUGGGUUUGGUUCAGUAUUCAAGGGAGUUCUGGCUGACUCAACAACAAUAGCAGUGAAAAGGCUUGCUGGUGCAUAUCAAAGAGGGAAACAAUUCAGGGCUGAAGUUACCUCAAUUGGACUUACCCAACAUAUAAAUUUAAUUAAGCUAAUUGGGUUUUGCAGCAGAAGUGACAGCAAAUUGCUUGUCUAUGAAUAUAUGCCCCACCGUUCCCUUGACAUUCAUCUAUUCUCAGGUGAUGCUGAAAUCUUGAAUUGGAAUACUAGGUACCAAGUAGCUCUAGGAAUUGCUAGAGGACUAGCCUAUUUGCAUGAGAGCUGUCGAGAUUGUAUUAUACACUGUGACGUGAAACCUCAAAACAUACUUCUAGACGAAUCAUUCAUCCCCAAAAUUGCAGACUUCGGAAUGGCAAAGUUCUUAGGUAGGGAGUUCAGCAGGGCUUUAACUACAAUAAGAGGAACCAUAGGAUACCUUGCACCUGAAUGGAUAAGCGGAGGGGCAAUCACACCAAAAGUUGAUGUUUACAGCUAUGGAAUGCUUUUAUUGGAAAUUGUUUCAGGAAGGAAGAACACACAUAGAGAAUGUACCACUGCUGGUGAUGAUGAUACUUAUUUCCCUGUGCAAGUUGCAAGCAAGCUUCUUUUGGGAGAUAUUGGAAGCUUGGUGGAUCACAAAUUACAUGGCGAUGUCAAUCUAAACGAAGAUGAAAGAGUUUGUAAGGUUGCUUGCUGGUGCAUUCAAGACAAUGAGCUCAAUCGACCGACAAUGGGUGAAGUGGUUCAAGUUCUUGAGGGUUUAAUAGAAUUAGACAUUCCUCCAAUGCCAAGGCUACUUCAAGCUAUCGGAGGUUCUCAUUCGGCGUGA